GUCGUCGUCUCUAGCGGUCAAAGCUCAACCACCGCCGCGUGCGCACCUCUCUCCGUGACCCACCACGCCCACGGCCGAAGCGCGCCGCCGUGCCCCAGCCUGGUCGGCGUGCUUCCACCGCCGGCGAGUCGAACCCGGUGCGCCCUAUACGCGCUGGUGGCGGCCCAGUGCGCCGCCUCCCCUCUUCGCCACAUCCGGGUGAGUCGGAUAUUAAUUUUUGGAUCGGUUGGUAGAUUUCUCCUCCGGUGCCUGUUUCCAAGGGACUGCCGAUUUGAGAUCUACUGCAAACAAAUGCGUGUGUACCGAUGCAAAUGCAAAGGGAGGAAGAACAUCUGAGCCUCAGAUAAGCAAGGCUGCCUCAGAGGAAUCAACAGGCAAGCCACACCUCUGCUUGUUUUACGAAUUUGAUCUUGGUUUGCAAAUGGAUUACCAAGGGAGCACUGUUAGGGAUUUCCUUCAUGCUAAUGGACAGGUGGUGCUAGAAAGGGUGGAUAACAAUCAUAAUCUAAGAUCUUUCACUCAAAAGGAGAUAGAAGACAUCACCGGUGGGUAUAGCACCAUGCUGGGAGAAGGCGGGUUUGGUAAAGUUUACAAAGGAAAAUUAGAUGAUCUUCAUCCAGUCGCAGUAAAGAGAUACAAAAAUGGAACCAAGAAAGAAGAGUUUGCCAAAGAGGUGAUAGUACAUUCCCAGAUAAAUCAUAAGAAUGUCGUCAGGCUUUUCGGUUGCUGCACGGAGGAAAAUGCUCUUACAAUUGUUAUGGAGUUUGUAUGCAAUGGAAACCUCUACAACAUCCUUCACUGCAGCAGCAGCAAUGCUAAUGGCUGUAUGCCCUUCCCUUUGGACAAACGGUUGGACAUUGCCAUUGGGUCAGCUGAAGCAUUAUCAUGCAUGCACUCAAUGUACAGUCCUGUUCUUCAUGGCGACAUCAAACCUGCUAAUAUACUGCUAGAUGAAAAUUUUCGGCCAAAGAUAUCAGAUUUUGGGAUAGCAAGAUUGCUUGCGGCUGACAAGACUCAGCAUACCAGACACGUCAUUGGUUGCAUAGGUUACAUGGACCCUUUAUUGUCGCAGAGUGGGAUUCUACUUCCCAAAAGUGAUGUAUACAGUUUUGGAGUUGUUUUGCUGGAAAUCAUCACCCGAAAGAAAGCUGUGGAGGGCAAUAACAACCUUGCUAAAAGUUUUCUGGAAGCCGUGAGAAAAGGGAAAAAGGUGAGACAAAUGUUUGAUGAGGAAAUUGUGAAUGAUAAAAAAAACAUGAAAUUUCUUGAAGAUAUCGCAAAACUAGCAGCUGAAUGCUUGAAGUUGGAGGAAAAAAUGCGUCCAAAAAUGCUUGAAGUAGCGGACAGACUUAGGACAAUUAGAAAAGCUUACCACCUGCGCAAGGGCAGACAUUCUACAGGUAGCAAUUCCAGACUUACUAAAAGUGAAAAGGCAGAGGAUGUUGUACCGAUCGUUUCCAUUGACGAACUGAGGAAAAUAACCAGGAAUUUCGGCAGUUGUGCUCGAAUAGGAGAGAACAUAUAUGGUGAAAUUUUCCUCGGUGUGCUUAAAGAUGGACAUAAUAAAUCCACGAUCAUGAAGCUUUUUCCUAGUGCUAUUUUAGAGGUUCCCUUGCCCUUGCUCUCAAGAUUCAGACAUGAGAAUGUUCUCCAGCUUCUUGGAUACUGUGUUGAAGAAAAUCAUACAUCCUCGAAACCAGAAAACCGUUUUCUUGCUUACGAGUAUACAUCCAGGGGAUCCUUGCACGAUAUUCUUCAUGGUAAAGAGAAUGUUAUGGGAGGCAAACCAGGACGGGUUUUAUCAUGGGCACAACGUGUGAAGAUUGCCCUGAGUGCUGCUACUGGGCUUGAGUUCCUCCACGAGAAGGCGCAACCUUGCGUUAUCCUCACUGGCAUCAGGUCCAGCAACAUAUUUCUGUUUGACGAUGACGUUGCAAAGAUUGGUUACCCUGGUGUUUCCUCCAUAGAGGCCCCUGGUUACAGAAACAAUCUUCUUUUGGAUAGUCCCGGUGGAAUUCUCGGAUCCUCUUAUGAUGCACCUGAAUGUGCAACAGAAGGAUACGCACAAUUUUCCACAGAGAGCGAUGUCUACAGCUUCGGGGUUGUGCUACUGGAACUUUUAACUGGUCGAAAGGCAGUUGAUCCUACACUACCCCGUGGCCAACAAUACCUCGUGACAUGGGUAGACAUGCAGGCUGCACGAAGACUUGAUGAAUGCAAGGUGCAUCAAUGCGUGGAUCCAAGGCUUGGAGGAGAUUACCCACCCAAGGCUGUCGCCAAGAUGGCUAAAAUCGCGGCGCUAUGCAUACAGUACACAAAGGAGCUCCGGCCAAAAAUGAGCAUUGUCGUCAAGGCUCUGAGGCCGUUGCUACUCAGAAGCUCAAGCAAUCUUGCCGUUACCGCUGAAGCAUCUGGAGUGUGAAGCAUUGUUUUUCUAGAAGUGAGAUAUCAUGUGUUGUGAUUUCUGAAUUUUUAUUUUUAGAAAACAGCAGGAGUUUACCCUGGUUCUAUUUUCGAUUGAAAUGAAAGCAGACGUUGACA